AUGCUAAACCUUGUCCUUCGACGAGCGUUCCGCAGGAUUUUCCUGGUUGCGGACGUCCGUCGUGCAGUCAUUAGAGCAGACUUCUUGCACAACUACGGACUCCUUGAAGACGUUCAACGACGCCGUCUCAUCAACUCCAUGACCCAGCUAUCUGUUCCCGGCGUCCCAUCAUCAGGGACAUCGCCGAUCGUGCCUAUUUCUGCCAUGUUGAACGAACCUUUCGCCGCGUUCCUACGCGAGUUUCCCACUUUGACGCGCCUGUCGGACUGGAUGCAACCGGUGCAACAUGACGUGUGCCAUCACACUGUCACCUCCGGCCCACCAGUCUCCUUCCGACCCCAGCGUUUGUCCCCGGAGAAAUUCAAGAUCGCUCGCGCGGAGUUCGAACACAUGCUGCAACUCGGCAUCAUCCGCCCUUCCUCCAGUAAUUGGGCAUCACCUGUUCACAUGGUGCCUAAGACGGGCGACUGA